UGGAUGGCUCUUAUUGCUGGAAUUUCUAAAGCAAUGGAUUUUUCAAAGUAAAUAAACGAAUAUGGCUUUAGUUCAGCUAUGCUGCAACUAAUUUUCAACCUCCGGAAGUGCGCACGAGUGUGCGUCCUUGCUAGUGAAUAUCUUGGACUGGGCUAAAGGGCAAAUCAGCCCUGUUGUGAACUGCUCCGCAAUUCAGCGCCAUUCUCGUCUGUCCGCUCACUGAGACCUGGCGAAUUCCUUCACUGCGCAAUGCUGCCGAACACAGGAAAGUUGUCUGGAUACACCCUGUUUAUCACGGGGGCGAGUCGAGGUAUUGGUAAGGCCAUCGCUCUCAAAGCUGCAAAGGACGGUGCCAAUGUGGUCGUAGCAGCGAAAACCGCGGAAGCCCACCCCAAGCUGCCUGGCACUAUCUACACAGCUGCUGAAGAAAUUGAAGCAGCAGGUGGGAAGGCUUUGCCGUGUAUUGUGGAUGUCCGCGAUGAGAAGCAGAUCAGUGACGCGUUGGAGAGUGCGGUGCAAAAAUUUGGAGGGAUUGACAUCUUGGUGAACAAUGCCAGUGCAAUCAACCUAACGGGGACUCUGAAUACUCCCAUGAAGAAAGUGGACCUUAUGUUGGGCAUCAAUCUCAGAGGAACUUAUCUGACGUCUAAACUGUGCAUCCCACAUCUCUUGAAGAGUAAGAACCCUCACAUCCUCAACCUCAGUCCACCGCUGAACCUUAAUCCUAUCUGGUUUAAAAGCCACACAGCAUACACCAUGGCAAAAUAUGGCAUGUCCAUGUGUGUCCUUGGAAUGUCUGAAGAAUUCAGGGGCUCCAUUGCUGUUAAUGCCUUGUGGCCUAGAACAGCUAUUCAGACAGCUGCGAUGGAUAUGCUGGGUGGAUCUGAAAUAGCCAAAAGCUGCAGAAAAGUUGAAAUUAUGGCUGAUGCCGCCUACGCCAUCCUCAGCAAACCAGUCAGCUAUACAGGACAGUUUGUCAUUGACGACGACAUCCUCAAGAAGGAGGGCAUUAAAGACUUUGAUGUAUAUGCAGUCGCACCAGGCCACCCACUGCUUCCUGACUUCUUCCUGGAUGAGGAUCCAGAGAAGCUUGAGAAGAUGAUGGUGGAUUAUGGUGCCAGUCCUGCUUUCAAGAGUGGAAAAGCCAGCACUGAAGCAGCUUUCAGUGGACCCAUUGGUGAAACGUUUAACAUGAUCAAGGGAAUUCUCACUCCAGAGCUGGUCAAAACCACGCAGGGAGUUUACAAAUUCGACCUGUCUGGGGAGCAUCCCGGAGUUUGGUACAUUGACCUGAAGAACAACGCAGGCAGUGUGGCCAGUGGGGAGCCACCAGUCAAAGCUGAUGUUGAGAUGAACUUGGACAGUAACGACUUUAUCAAGAUGUUCACAGGAAAGUUGAAGCCAACCACGGCGUUCAUGUCCGGCAAGUUGAAGAUCAAGGGGGACAUGACCCUAGCCAUUAAAAUGGAGAAGAUGAUGGCCUUGAUGAACAAGUCCAAGCUGUAGGAUCAACCUGCCUUCUGCCUUAUUUAGUGCCUACCUUUUUCAGGUGUUUAGGAGAGUGCCAUUUUUAUUAAACCGUCAAUUCAACAGAAUGUAGAUGUUUUCUUGUUAUUCAUGUUCUUUCCUGUAAUGACAACAUUUGUGUUCUUCCUUGCAAUAAUAUAACAAUAACACUGGCA